CCUGAUUUGUGGGCAAUGUUGGGGAUGUAGAAAAAAAAGGAAACCGGAGCAAAGAGAGCGCAAGGGAGAGAUAGGGAGACAACACUAACUGGGUAGCUAUGGAGAUAGUAGGUUUUCCUGGUAGCUUUCUUUGACAGGUGUCGAGUGGGAUAAAAUAAAGUAUCAGAACAGCCUCCAAGAUGUACGGCAAGGGUAAAGGAGCUGUGGUCCCCUCCGAUAGCCAAGCAAGAGAAAAGUUAGCAUUAUAUGUGUACGAGUACCUGCUACAUGUGGGAGCACAGAAGUCUGCACAGACCUUCCUGUCUGAGAUUCGAUGGGAGAAGAAUAUUACAUUAGGGGAGCCUCCCGGAUUCCUCCAUUCGUGGUGGUGCGUAUUCUGGGAUUUGUAUUGUGCGGCUCCAGACCGAAGGGAGACAUGCGAGCACUCCAGCGAGGCAAAGGCCUUCCAUGACUAUAGCGCAGCGGCAGCGCCAAGCCCUGUGAUGGGCAACAUGCCCCCGAACGACGCCAUGCCAGGCGGUCCCAUGCCCCCAGGCUUCUUUCAGGGACCACCCGGCUCUCAGCAGUCCCCCCACGCACAGCCCCCCCCACACAACCCCAGCAACCCCAUGAUGGGACCCCACGGCCAGCCUUUCAUGUCACCACGGUAUCCAGGUGGACCGCGCCCCGCACUCCGAAUGCCAAAUCAGCCUCCGGGGGGAAUCCCUGGUUCUCAGCCUCUCCUGCCAAACAGUUUGGACCCGACAAGACCUCAAGGACAUCCCAACAUGGGUGGACCUAUGAGAAUGAACCCUCCUCGAGGAAUGGCCAUGGGCCCACAGAAUUAUGGAGGUAUGAGGCCUCCUCCCAACUCCAUGGGCGGCCCCAUGCCAGGCAUGAACAUGGGUCCCGGAGGAAGAGGGCCUUGGCCAGGACCUAAUGCUAACUCUAUAGCCUACUCCUCCUCAUCUCCAGGAAACUAUGUCGGUCCUCCAGGAGGAGGAGGUCCACCUGGAACUCCCAUCAUGCCCAGCCCAGGUGAUUCGACCAACUCCAGUGAAAACAUCUAUACGAUGAUGAAUCCUAUCGGACCGGGAGGCAACAGACCCAACUUCCCGAUGGGACCUGGGCCUGAUGGGCCAAUGGGAGCCAUGGGAGCCAUGGAGCCACACCACAUGAACGGAUCACUAGGGUCUGGGGAUAUGGACGGGUUGCCAAAGAGCUCCCCUAAUAACAUGGGGGGCAUGAACAACCCUCCUGGUACGCCGAGAGAUGACGGCGAAAUGGGCGGGAACUUCUUGAACCCAUUCCAAAGCGAAAGUUAUUCACCCAACAUGACGAUGAGUGUGUGAUUUUAUUUUUUCCUUUUUUUUGUAUUUUUCUUUAUUUCCUCCCUCCUAUUUUUGUACCCCUGCACCUGAUUUUUUUUUCUUCAAUUCAAUCCUUACUCCAUCUGGGAUUGGACCACCUCCCUUCCUCACACACACCCUCUGACCCGCCCCCUCACACACACACACACACACACACACACACACACACACACACACACACAUACGGGAUCCCCCUUCCGUCCCCUUUUCCCCGUCUUCUCACUUGGGAACUCUACGGCCACACAGCCUUCAGGGACGGCCCUCGAGCAUGCUGGGACUCAUAUUAAGACGGGCCCUCCCGGAGCAUGCAAGAUGGCGGCCGGUUUGAACAGGAAGCAGUCACAGAGCAACAGGAAGAGCCUCCUCUCUGACUCCGGCCCCGGCCUCCCUGGCUUCCUGUCAGGUUCUAGACAAUGAGCGAGGGAAGGAGGACAAACAGAGAGAAAGAGGGAGAGAGGAGACUGGAUAAAACAGCCCUCUCGUGA